UUAAAUUAAGCAGGUUUAACAUGACUAGUAGCAACACUUUUGAGUCUUUAGGAUGCAGUCAGUGGAUUUGCAAACAAAUGAAGAAAUUAGGGCUGAAAUCACCAACAGCAAUUCAAGAAAAAUGCAUUCCAGAAAUUUUAAAAGGUAGAGAUUGCAUAGGAGCUGCAAAAACUGGAUCAGGCAAAACGUUCUCAUUCGCACUGCCUAUACUUCAGAAAUUAUCAGAGGAACCAACACAUAAUUUUGCAUUAAUUCUGACUCCAACACAUGAAUUAGCGUAUCAAAUAUCUGAACAGUUUCUAGUUGCUGGACAACCAAUGAAUUUAAGAGUUUGUGUAAUUUCCGGAGGAACUGAUCAGAUUCAGGAAAGUUUAAGGCUUCAAAGUCGUCCACAUAUAAUCGUAGCUAUGCCAGGACGUUUAGAGUCUCAUUUAACUGGAUGUAAUACACUCUCAUUUGAAUCUAUUAAGUUCCUUGUUAUUGAUGAAGCUGAUCGAGUAUUAAGUGGAAGUUUUGAUGAAGCACUAACAGUUAUCGAGAGAUUUCUUCCAAAAGAACGUCAAAAUUUGUUCUUUUCAGCCACAAUGAAGGAAUCUUUUAAGCAAUCAAGUUUGUUUCCCAUUUCUGAAGACGUUUUUGAAUGGUCUGAAGACACAACUAUUAAAACUGUAGAUACACUUGAUCAAAGAUAUGUGCUUUGUGCUGAUUAUGACCGAGAUAUGGUGCUUGUUGAAAUUGUAAGAUCAUAUAAGGAAGACAAUCCAGACUCUAAUAUCAUUAUUUUCACAAACAAGAAGAAGGAUUGUCAAGUACUGUCGAUAGCUCUAAACUCGGUUGGAUUAGAGAAUGUCUGUUUGCAUGGAUUUAUGAGGCAAAAAGAGAGAGUAGCAGCUUUAAGCAGGUUUAAAUCAAAUAUUGUAAGGAUUCUAAUAGCAACAGACGUAGCUAGUCGUGGCCUUGAUAUUCCUAACGUACAGCUAGUUCUUAAUCAUCGACUUCCGAAGUUCCCUAAUGAGUAUAUCCAUCGUGUGGGCAGAACAGCUAGAUGUGGACGAAAAGGACUUGCUAUCUCAAUCUUCAGAUUUCCUAGAGAUUUGAACUUUCUAGCUGAAAUUGAAGGCUUAAUUAAUACAGAACUUAAGGAACAUCUUAUAGACCAGCGACUAGUUGAGAGAAUUUUUAUGCAAGUCAGUGUAGCUAUUCAUGAAGCUGAGACAAAAGUCGAUAAUGAUGAUUUUGAUGAAAGAAUUGAGAAUUAUAGAAAGAAAAGAUGGAUAUUAGAAGGCAAAGAUCCAGACGAAGAAGAAGCUAAAUGGCAAAAGGAGAUUAAAAGAAGGAUUAAGGCACGAAAAGCAUCACGUAAGGUUGAGAAACAAAAUGAUAAGCCAAAAAUAGCAAUUGAAGACAACAGGUUUAAAAAUGUUGAGGAAAAAAAGAAAAAGUUCAAGAAAGUAGACUUAACAAGAAAAGAUUUCAAAGUAAAGAAGACUCUGCCCAAUUCUGCUGAUUUAGCUAAAGCUAUAAAGAAAUCCUCGAGAAAGCAAAAGUCAGAAAAAUAA